AAAAAUCUUCUUUAUCGACGUCGAUCAAGUUCCUCGACGUGUUUCACUUCACCUUAAUCCGACUGUACUGGAGUAAACACAACUGAAGCUGGCAACACUGUUCGGAAGCGCAAACUGGAGCGUGUUCAGUUCUUCUCGGGCCGUCGACCAGUCAACAUCGUUCUCGCUUCGGAUGAACAUGGCUCUCGAUUGGCCAGUUUCCCUGUAUCCGGCACAAAAGUAUUUACAGUCAUGAAGUUUAUUUUGAUCACCCUCGUCGGCUUCUUCAUCUUUGGGGAGACGCGGCACUCUCGCUUUUACAGGACAUUCCAAUGCGUCAAUCAAAAAUGUCGCCGAACGCCGGUUUCGGCGUCUUCGAUCAGUUUCGAAGAACUUGGAGUGACGGACCAACACCCGAGUUUGGAAGCCUGCGUUUUGGUCUGCGGAAAAGGUUCCGCACUUUGGCCGAUUCCUUCCGGUACUUACGUCACCGGAAGUCGCUAUAGGGCGGUGCAUCCGAAGAAAUUCUCCUUCAACUUGGACGUCCCAGGAGCAGCUAACGAGUUUGUGUUCGAAGCCUCCAACGUCUUCGUGCAAAAUCUGCAGCAAUCCUGCCGGCACAACUGCAACAUGAUGACCCUUAAGGUUGAGGUCAACAUUAAGGUUUUUUCGUCCAGCCUGGAUCACAAUUGGAACACCAAAGAGGAUUACAACCUCGACGUAAUGGCGAAAGGUUUCUCAAAACUUUCUUUUCUUUAUUAUUACGCGACUGAUCGUCAGCUUGAGAUUAAGGUGAUACCAAAGGGUCAUUCUACAUAUAUCCCACACGGAACCAUAG